AUGCAAACUAUUCAAGAAUAUUCAAAAAUAUCAAAAUACUCAGGAAUAUCAACAUAUAAUAAAAACAUAGUAAUAUCAACAAAUAUUAUAAAAUAUCAACAAAGAAGAAUAUACGGAGCUAUAAACAAAAUGUUAUCGUUAUGGGCUAUAGGUCUCUUGGGGUUAUUGAAUCAAGGGUCGCCAUCAUCUUAUCAGUCACCAGCUCAACAGAGGUCUGCCCAAUUUUCCUCAUCAGGUUGGGGCACUUCACCAGCUGCACAAAAUCCAUGGAGUUUCAAUCGCCCUAUGCCCAAUACUAAUAUGCCAAACAUGAAUACUGGAAGUUUGCCUGGUAGUAUGCCUGGUGCUAUGCCUGGAAGUAUGCCUGGUGCUAUGCCCGGAAGUAUGCCUGGUGCUAUGCCCGGAAGUUGCCUGGCUAUGCCUGGAAGUAUGCCUAAUGCUAUGCCUGGUGCUAUGCCUGGUGGAACAGGAUCUGGUUUUAUGGCAGGUGCAAUGCCCGGUGCUAUGCCUAAUAUGCGAUCAUCUAAUAAUAUGAUGGGAAACAUGCGGAAUGGUUAUCCACCGUCUUACAUGACACCUAGUCCUAGAAAUACAAUUUGUGUUGCACCGGUCUCUCAACCAAGAUUAUGUAUGGUGAACGGAGAAAAUACCCAUAAAUACAGAUUGAAAGAUGUCAUCGAAUUCUUAGGACAUCCAAACAUCGAAAAGGUUCCUAAAUGUGUACCCGGCGUGCCAAGAGUUAACUGUGCUGAUUAUUAUGCUGCUCAAUAUAUCUGGAAACGUGGAUAUUGUUAUUGUAAAAAUUUCCAUAGCAAUCUGCCAUCCUAUCAAAUGGGAUCGACACAAAUCCGAUGUGUUGUGGGAGCUCAAUGGGGAACAGGACAAUCAUUCCAGUUUACACCACCUACUCAACAACCACCAACUCAAGGUAACAACCAAUUCGCACAGAUGAACAAAUUCUUUCCAAGACCAAAUCAGACGCCGUCAUGGGGGCAAAGUCCUAACCCUACUCCACAGAAUGCUUGGAACUUCCGUCGACCAAUAACUAAUAAUAUGGCCACCAACGUUCCUGGUAAUAUGCCCGGGGCGAUGCCGAAUAUGCGAGGAAAUUUGCCUAAUAGUAUGAUGAAUAACAUGCGAAAUUUAAUGGGCAACAUGAGACCAGGUGUGACACCAAACAUGCCAGGUGCUCCUGGUUUAGGUGGCGGUUAUCCAAGUACUAUGUGUUAUGCUCCACCUCACUUACCCCACUUAUGUACGGAAAAUGGAGAAAACCAACAUAAAUUCACAUUAAAAGUCGCAAUACGCAGCAUAGCUGUGAUGUGUCGUUUUCCAAUCUGUUUUCCGGCAUUGGGAACUAACAAUUCUAUUUCUUAUAAUUAUUUAUACACGUUAAGUAUCUAUGGGAAUAAACGGAAUGACAUCUUUUCUGUUGCAGAGGUAAUGAGAAUGCUGGGAGAUAAAAACAUUGAAAAAAUAUCACAGUGUGUGCCCGGUGUACCAAGAGUAAAUUGCGCAAAUUAUAAUUCAGCCCAGUAUAUUUGGAAACGUGGUUACUGUUAUUGUAAACGAUAUCAUAGUAACAUGCAUGCUUUUAAGAAAUACGAUCCCCUUCGAUGUGUGUUAAAUGACUGUGGUGCAUGUUCACAAGAAUUCUACAUUGGAAAAAGUCGUAUCGUAGACUGCGAUUAA